UCCUCUCUCUCUCUCUCUCCCUCCACUGUCAGCCUCAGCAGUCUCCACACCGGAGCUAUAGACACUGGUGCAGCGGCGAUCCAUACAUGCUCACGUGUGUUUCGUUGGGUGCCAGGCUCUUUGGAAACGCUCAACAUUUGAGUGUGUGUAAGUGUGUGAGUUGAAUCUGCCUGAGAAUGUGCGUGUGAGCGUUUUGUGGUGCAUCCUUUGUAUGGAGGAGCAUGUGUGUAGAGUGAGAGACAGCGUGAGGAUGCGUGGUGGGCAGGUGUUGUUGUGAUCGGUGGAGUUUUUGGUUUACUAUCGUCGUGCUGUCUAGCUCCCCCCUCCCUCCCAUUUGGUUAUCUUGUGAGGGCAAAAAAGCAUCCUGCUGGGAUGUCUACCUCGCCUGGUGCAACAGACGGGAGUCAAAGGAACUCUUCGGAGAGGUGAGAAGCAGACAACACUUUGUGAGUACACGGUGUAUGUUGCCUGCUGAGCAUCCGAGCUAAAGAAACAGCCCGUGAGGGGGACAGUAUUCACUUUCUUUUGGCCUGCAUGAUGAUUGCGGGAACAGACGCACCAAGUAACACAGCAAGUACAAACUCAGUGGAGCUGGAUGCGGAGCAUGCGCAGAGAGUCCCAGGGGCAGAACAGGGAGGGGUCCCACCCACCCAGGUCAAGCUGAAAGAGAGGCAGAAAUUCUUCGAGGAGGCCUUCCAGCAAGACAUGGAGCAGUACCUGUCUACUGGCUACCUGCAGAUCGCUGAGAGGAGAGAGCCAAUAGGAAGCAUGUCGUCCAUGGAGGUGAAUGUGGACAUGCUGGAGCAGAUGGAUCUGAUGGACAUGUCUGACCACGAAGCCCUGGAUGUGUUUCUGCACUCUGGGGGAGAGGACAACAGCGCUGCCUCGCCUGUCACAGGUCCAGAUGUUGAGUCCUUCACCACAGAGAUCAGUCUCCAGGUUCCCACCCAGGCUGAGCUACGCCACAAGCUUUCUUCCCUUUCAUCCACCUGCACCGACUCAGCCAGCCAGGACACGGAGGCCGGGGAGGAGGAGGAGGACGAUGAGGAGGAGGAGGAGACUGAACAUGGAGGAAGUGGAGGUGUUGCAGGAUCAGGGGGCGGAGUAAGGAGGAGAAGGCCCCCCGUGGUGGUGACCCUGGACGAAGAGGAGGUGCACCCUGAUACAGCGCUGGUGGACGUGGUGGACCGAGAGGAGCAGGCCAGCAAAGACUGUGCGGAGAGCAGGCCGAAGGUUUGAGGAGAGACGGGACUGAAUUCAAACACAAACACACAGAGCUGUGAAAUCAAACAUAGAUUGGCUUCCUUUCUCAAAUUCCUUUCAUACUGAAGAAAAACAUGUGAACGAAAAUACACAGAGGUUGCACUAACUGCCACAUGACCUUGCCUUAAAAGACCACUAAUGUGAGUUUUCAAUUCUAAUUGAAUCAUGUAAAAUAGGUUUGAGUUCCCUUUAGCAUAAUGAAAGGCUUAACAUGCACAUAAAUAGUUCAACAUUAUUCAGAGAACGCUCUAAUAUUCUGUUUGUGCAUGUUGAGACCGGGAGAGGCUACUGAUAAGUUAUAGAGUAAAGUAUACACUAAACUCAUCCAUGUGUCCCUGUUAUGGUUCUUUGUUUUCGUGCUUCAUGCUAACAUGUAAGCAUUCACUGUGCUGACAGACUGCAGCUGUCAAGCAUUAAUAUAUGUGUUGGUGAUUGGUGAAACCUUUGCACAAUAGAAAUAUAUGAUGGUGUCUUUUUAACCAAAUGUUGCAAUAAGGUAAAAGGCUAUCACCAGCUCUAUCAUUUAUGACCUUUUAUUUUUAAAACUUACUGCAGGUCACAUAAAGGAAAUAUUUUUUUAAAUCAUUAAAAGUUGAGUCUUCUUUGGACUGUAUGUUGUCACCCAAAUUAUGAAAAAAAAAUCUCACUUAUCUCUAGUGGAAUUUAGCCAUGCAGAUAGUUUUGGUUUUUAUUUCCCCCAUGUCUUGGUAUAUCUGUCUUCGGAGAUUUUUGCUGCUACCCCAAUGCAACGGAGGUGAAAGGAAUAUUGUUUUUAAUGCUUAAAGUGUUGAAAAAUAAGGUUGAAAAUCAUUUAAAAACUUUAACAGUAGCUUGUCUUUCCAGAAACAACUUCCAGGUUAGCUGAAUAAUUCAUAAUGUCACAGAAACUGUGAUAUUGCCAAACUAGAUUGCUAGACUACAUUCUUUUUCAUAAUUUGGCUGAAUUGACCCUUUUUAAUGUGGCAAACUCUAACAAAAACAGCACGAAGCACUUGACAAAUGACCUUCAGGGGGCACAUGGAUGAUUUUUUUUCUAUGACUUUAUGGAUAAGCUGAACCCCUAAAGCUUGUUGCUUUUCUUUAAAUGGUUUAUGAGCUACAUUCUGCGAUAUUUUAAAUGUAAACUACCCAUUAGAUUAUACUCUUGUGCCAUCGGCUUUGAAAAUCAUAGCGUAGUAACUGGCAGUCACCUGGCAGUGGGUCAUAUACCACAUAGUACUGUAUAGCUGACAGACUGGUGGAGUUCAGGUACCUGAUUUAACACAAAAAGACACACACACACACACACACACACACACACACACACACACACACACACACACACACACACACAGAGAGAGAGAGAGUGUUACCCAUUGCCAUUCCUUUGACCAAUAAUAUUUGGGUGAACUUCUCUUUUUGAACGAGGACCAAAUCCCUGUUUGGACUGUGUGCUAUGCACUGGACAACACGCAGAAGGUUUAACUGUAUCCAGAUUUUUUUGUACAGAGAUGUUGACAUUUGUGCGAUGUGACAGCAUUACUCCUUCCUUUCUUUUCCCCUGCCUACAAUUUCUGACUUGUUGGUAAUAAAUGUUUCUCCCCCA